GUCUCCAGCAGGUCCCUGGUUCCCCUACGUUUCCUCCGCCACAGCCAAUGAGGUGCUGAUUUCCCACUUUAUGAGCGACGGAGGAAGUGACCUGAGGCUAUGUUGUGUGUUCCUGGCGGAGUUCAUGCUGUGGGUCAGGGUCUCAGCCCCUAAGACAAGGCAGUGCUUUCUCAGCCACGCAGUGUCUGCGCUCACUCAUCUAAGUAAUGCCCACCUUUAGCUCUGGAAACUUCACCGAGUCACUUCCCUUUGCUUCAGCAGUAUCCCAGAGAUCCCGUUGCUGACUCAGGCCUUGGCCACCCUGUAGAUCGGGCUCCCUGCCUUUUAUGCAAGAGUCUUAUUUCCUACUGGUUGACCCAGCGAUGCUGCCACCUGACUGUCAGGUCUGCAACUGUCAGCCCUUGAGCUGGAGGUGAUGGUGACCGAGGGAUUUGGGAUUGAAAGCUUUUUUUUUUUGGCCGUUGUCCAAAGCUGCAGCCCUGUACAGGACUGUCCGCUGGUUCUGGACGGGAGUGAAGACUUGGGGCAAAAUACUGGACACUGAAGUGAGAGUCUUUGUUCUUGUCAGUGGUAGUGCCCAGGAAAGCUUUUUUCCCUAUAUUAUCUCAGAAAUGUGGUUUGGUGCCAUUGUAAGUUCCAUUAGGUAAAACAUUUUUAUUGCAGAUUUAUUUCUUCGUCUUGGCAACUACUGGUGGCGGUUUUUUAGGUAGCAGUAACUGAUUUCUUGCGUGGCUGCACAUGCUCUUGGCACUGUUCAGAGAGCUCUGUGAAUGUGCUGAACUCUGAGAACACUGCAAGGGCAAGAUGGAGACCCUGAAAGACAAGACCCUGGAGGAGCUGGAGGCAAUGCAGAAUGACCCGGAAGCCAUUGAUCGGCUGGCCCAGGAGUCCCCCGAGGUCCAGGACCUACAGCUGGAACGGGAGAUGGCGCUGGCCACCAACCGGAGCCUGGCUGAGCAGAACCUGGAGUUCCAAGGUCCCUUGGAGAUCAGCCGCUCAAACCUCUCGGACAAGUACCAGGAGCUCCGGAAGCUUGUGGAGCGGUGCCAGGAGCAGAAGGCAAAGCUGGAGAAAUUCUCUUCGGCACUGCAGCCAGGGACCUUGCUAGACCUUCUGCAGAUCGAGAGCAUGAAAAUUGAAGAAGAGUCUGAGGCCAUGGCUGAGAAAUUCCUGGAGGGUGAGGUGUCCUUGGAAACAUUCCUGGAGAACUUCUCCUCCAUGAGGAUGCUGUCCCAUCUGCGCCGGGUCCGCGUGGAGAAGCUCCAGGAUGUGGUGAGGAAGCCCAGAGCUUCCCAGGAGCCAGCCGGUGACGCCCCUCCUCUCCGCCCGCCUCUGCCGUCCCGCCCAGUGCCCCAGGCGACGCCACCCGCGGCCGAAGAGCCGCCGCCCCCACCACUGCCACCGGCUGCGCCCUCAGGAGUGCCUCCCUACUCCUUGCCCUAUAGCCCCUCUCCCAGUUUGCCGGUGGGUCCUACUGCCCAAGGCCCGCUCCAGCCGGCCCCCUUCCCGGGGGUGCCCCCGCCCUCCCUUUCCUACGGUGGUCCCUUGGGCCCCCCGUACCCGUCAGCCCAGCCGGGACCCAGGGCUGCUGCGGGCUACUCCUGGUCCCCACAGAGGAGCACGCCACCCCGGCCUGGCUAUUCUGUGCCCCCCUCUGGUGCCUCUGGGCCCGGGUACCCCUUGGCGGGGGGCCGGGCUCCCGGUCCUGGUUAUCCUCAGCAGCACCCCUACCUCUCGACAGGAGGCAAACCUCCUUACCCAACGCAGCCCCCGCUCCCGGGCUUCCCGGGCCAGCCCCAGCCCUUAGGCCCCCCUCGGCCGCCCUACCCCCCUGGGCCGGCUCCUCCCUACGGGUUUCCGUCACCUCAGGGUCCUGCUUGGCCCGGGUAUUAGACGGGGUCCUGGCCCUAGGCCCUUCCCUACUUCCACCUGUACCACACCUUUGGCCCACCUACUGCUGAGAUUCAAGGUUAAAUUGGAAGUGGAGUCGGCACGCCCCAUGGACUUGCGGGGACCUGGCUGGGAGUCUGCGGGCCCCGGUUGUCCCUGUUGUCACGGCACUUACGGGCCUCCCCGGAGAAGGACACGCCUCCCUCCAGUGACGGCCUUAGCCUGUCCGGUGGCAGCCAGGCUGGGAGCGCAGCGCCUCUCUGUGGCUGUCUGCAUGAGUGAGCUCUGCCUCCGUGACCGUCUGCUGUGUCUGCGCUCCGGGACACCUGAGCCCCCCAGUGCAGACCCGCCCCGGUGGCAUGGCAGCUGGCGGGUCCGCCGGCCCCCGCUCACCCCCCUCCCCUGGGAUGUGGCAUAUUCGACGUGGUGCCUUGCACUAAGGGAUGCAGCUUUUUGUGCCUCUGGUCCAUUCAAGGAUGGCCUGCCCCGACGCACCGUGGCCAGGGCUGGGUCACGGGGCGAGGACGGGGGAAAACGCUUCAUGACUUUCAGUCACGUAAAAGCCAUAACUGAACUCUGAUGAGCUGGUGUCAGAGAAACGUGCUGCAUGCUGGUUUGAAGGGCAGCAGCAGGGCCAGCUCGGCGAGAAGAUGGGAUUGUGAGGGUGGAGCCCGGACCUGGCUCGCUCUGGCUGGAAAAUCUGGGGGCGGCCACUUCCAACCCUCUGGCUGGACGGACGGGAGAAGGUAGCUCCGACCCAGGAGAUCGUGGUCACAUGGGGGGGGUCACUCAGGAGUGGAGUGCCAGGUCGCCUCCCCAGCCACCCUCUCUUCCUGGGGGGCCGCCCCCGCCCCUCCACUCCUCGAGUGCCUUGAAUCUCCUUCGCAGCAGCACCCCCCGUCCCCUUCCUCUGGCUCCCUGGUGUAACUCCCCACCCCCAACAUCCCCCCUAGGACAGACAUCAAAAGAUGCCCUAACAGUCACCUCCCAAAUGGUGCUUCCUAAAACACCAUCGGUAUGUCGGAGUCCGUUUCUCUGCACCUCUCUCGUGUUCAGAAUGCAAAGGACGAGGACGGGGACUCGGAGCCACGCGCAGCCCCCAGCACGCUGGGGGGUUUGAGCCCGAUCGGCGAGAGACACGACAACAGACCAAAGGGGGCGUGAGGAUCAAAGCAUUAACUUGGCUGUUGCAGAUGGGAACCAGGUCUCAAGGGCAGACCCUGGAGCUGCUACCGGUUAGGGAGUCAUAUGUGCCUUGAAAUGUCCACUACACGAGCACCCGGAGUCUGGCGGCCUGGGGUGCGGGGGGCCAACAAGGAAACUCGACCUUCUGGUGCCUGCCCCCCCCAGCCCGAGUGCCCCCAGUGGGUGCGCAGACGAGACGCUCGAGCCGCGCUGUCGGUCCCUUGCCAACUGUGCUUGCUUCUCAUAAGUUAUUUAUAAAGCGAAAUCACUAAUGGACUCUGCUGGUUCGAGUGCUCCGGAACUGGGUGAAUGACCACUUGUGUGUCGUAUAAAUGAUUGCCACAGUGA